AUAAGCAAUGAACAUUUGAAUUCAAUUUUUCAAUUGCUUUCAACACGUUUUGUUGUGCUGUUCGUCUUCCGUCUCUGAUGUCGACGGCCGUUAAACGUGGCCACAGGGAUGACCUGGCCGAUGUGGCUCCGGCAGCCAAGAAAGCUCGGGAACCGGAAACUGCUGAGCAGCGUGUUCUCGAAAUCAUCAAAUGCUCAGGUAAUAAGGGUGUAUCCGACGAGGAUCUCAUCCGAGCAUGUCCUGUGCUAACGAUCGAGGAGCGCGUAGACGUGGUCAACAAGUUGAUCACGUCCAAUGCAAUUACAUUGCACAAGGUAAAAGACACGCUUAGAUAUAAGUAUAAAGGACCGACAACGUCUACCCCCGGGGAUGCCAACACUGAGGAGCUGGUCGUGUUUAAUUUGAUACGCGAUUCAGGCAGAAAAGGUAUAUGGAUACGAGACGUACGCAUCAAAUCCAAUUUAGGAUUGCCACGACUCAAGAAAAUCCUCAAGUCACUGGAAACGAAAAAAGCCAUCAAAGCGGUCAAAUCUGUGGCAGCUAGCAGGAAAAUUGUGUACAUGUUGUUUGACCUGGAACCUGAUAGUUCUAUUACAGGUGGCGCAUGGUACUCCAACCAAGAAUUUGAGUCAGAGUUUAUUGAGAUACUAACUAAACACAGCUACAAGUUCUUGGAAGCAAAAAAGUCAAAAGCCUUAAAGAACACCACUAUACGCAGUCCAUUAGUCAAGUACAAUACAUCGUACGCAACUGCUGAUCGUGUACUAGAGUUUAUAUCAAAAACUGGCAUCAGCAAAGUUAGACUUACUGUAGAGGAUAUAAUAUCCAUACUCGACCUAUUGGUGUAUGAUGGUUUAGCUGCAAAGCGUGUAAAUUCUGAAGGAAAAAUAGAGUACCGUUCCACUAAAACUUUAAUGAGCAAAAUUGCUGUGAGUUUUUUGCCUUGUGGUAGCUGUCCAGUGAUUAAACGAUGUUCUGAUGCUAAUCAAUUAAAUUGUUUAAACUGUAAACAUAUGAAAAUUUGGACUACAAUUUGACUUGGUCAUGUAUGGUAUGUGUUAUGUAACCACCUAUGUAUUCAACUAAUGUAUCUGUUAUUUAAUAUUAAAAUAAUGUUUUUAUGAUUAAACUUA